CUUCCUUGGCAACAAGAAGCUCCCCAGCUGACGACAUGUUCAGAUAAAUAUUGUUCGUGUCGGGAAUUUUAACGUUUAACGUUAUUUUAUAGAAUUGUUUAAAUCUGUUAACGCAGCUUCCUGUGACGCAGGGAGAACGCGCCAGCUAGCUGCUGCGUUAGCAUUAGCUAGUCAAGCUAAAGGAGCUAAGCUAAUACCCGCGGUGGUCGCCAUGUCCCUGUGAGGAGAUGAACCGCUGGGGUCGCUCCCUGAUCGUCGCUCUGUGUGUGUGGGUCGCGAACGCAGCCACAGACUCGGGGGUCUCUUCGACCAUCGGCCCGACCGAUGGAGGAGCUGUCACCGCCGCGACCCCCGCUCCUGGAGGCACAUGGGACCCCACCGGGGUGUGGACCACUCAGGUGACCGAGGCUGUGUCUCCUGGGGUGACCGAGGCUGUGCUCCUGGGUGACCAGGCUGUCCCUGGGGUGACCGAGGCUGUGUCCACUGUGGUGACAGAAGCUGUGUCCCCUGUGGUGACCGAGGCUGUGUCCCCUGUGGUGACCGAGGCUGUGUCCCCUCAGGUGACCGAGGCUUGGUCCACUCAGGGGACCGAGGCUGUGUCCCCUGAGGUGACCGAGGCUUGGUCCACUGAAGCCGCCGCUGUGUCCACCGAGUCUCCCCCUGCAGCCACCGUCCAGCCCGAGGAGGCUCCGCAGGCGUGUCUCUGUGAUCUAACCCCGGGUUUCUGUGAUAUCGGCUGCUGCUGUGACUCGGUGGAUUGUGGUGUCGCUAACUUGAGUACAGUUUUCACCGGAUGUCCUCAGAAAGCCCUAUCAGGAGUUUGCAUUGAGAAAUGGCUGAUGUUCCGGGCUAACGUGGAUUCAUCUCUGGUCACUGAGACGGACUCCCUGUUUUGUGUCCGGUCUGAAGAUAAAGCAGCCAAGUCUUUCCCAGCUCUUCCUCCUUAUCCUGCAUUAGGGGCGUCGUACCACUUCUCACCACCAGCGCCUACGAGCAGCAGCCACAGCCGACCUUUCUACAGGGUGGAUGAUGUCAUUCAGACAUCUUUCUCCAAUACUUCUGUGAGGGGUCUCCUCCGUCAGCCGUCUCCAGGGGCUGCCGCAACGUUUUGUAUCAACCGCAACCCUGCAAAGUUCUUGAGGUCUACUUCUCUGUCUUGCACCCGCAUGUUGACGCCUCAGUCGUGUACCUCAGACCCAUAUCUCAACGCCCGCUCCUACUUCUCUGAUUUAAGUCUAAUCAAGAUUCCAUUUGCUGAGACAACACAAGUGUCAGACUUUCUGAUCCCAGUUACACCACUGUCUGAGUGGCCUGCACCAGUCCAACUAAACAAUUCCUGUUUCAACGUGGUAGAAAAGGUGGAGUUUGUCAUAGGUUACACAGGCAAAGGAGAACUCACGUAUGCAACUGUGAACAUAGUCUUAGCUGAUGUGGAUCCAAAUCAGCUGCUGUUGCAGACGCACUCUGUGCAGUUCCAGUUGGUCACAUCCAGCUCCUCUCCAGGAGGACAGACCCCAGCAGACGGACUCAGAGUGGGAUCUCCUGUCAUUGGUCGCUUUGAUGGAAACAUGGCAACUCUGACCACGCUGAGGUCUCAGGGUGGGGAGUGUUCCAUUGAUCCCAGCGGACGAGCACCAGUCCUCUUCCCAUACAACAUCAUCACUGGCUGCACAUUCAGUUCUCCAUCGAGAGACUGCUCAGAGCUGCGGUCCCAGAUUUACGGGAUCUUGCAGGGACUUGCUACUCCUGACGAGAUCGCCAUGAACUCAGGGUCCCAACUGAGCUGGACGAGAGUCGUCACCCAGGAGUGUCCUGUCGACCCACAGGAAACAUGUGAGUCAGGCUGCCUCCUCCCGAACUCGCUCUCUAUCCAAGUGCUGUGGGCUCGCCAGGGUCUCUUACACCUUCCCCAGAGCUACAUCCUUGGGGCCAAAUACAUAUUCAAGUGUCGAAAAUUCAAGUGUCCUGUGUCGUCCCCUCUCGUUCUAACCACCGACGUGACGUUUGCCGACACCACAGUUUUCCCCAACCCCCCCAGGGGCACACCUCAGCCCAGCUGGAAGUUUCCAUUUGGUUUCUUCACUAGAGGCACCGCUGAGCUGGACGGCCACGUUGUUAUUAACCGGAGUGACACUGAGCAGGUCACAUGGAGCUUAGUGCUGUUCACUGUCAUGUUGCUAACAGGAUUAGAAUUCUUCACGAGGUAGCUGGAAGAUAGAUGAAUGUUUAUUUUUUUAUACAGAGGCAUGAAAAUGUUCUGCGUCAUCGCAAAAUAGCAUAAUAUGUGUUUUGUAACAUUUACAGAAAUAAAUAAUUUUUUACAAGACA